UUUGUUUCUCACAACACCCAUUGCGAAGAGUAGCCAGCAACAUGGAGGAAAAUAUCAGUUGUAUGGAGGAAGAAUGCCUGAUUGAAAGAAGGAGAACAACUACCCUGAAGGAGUGUACAGAGAUACUGCAGGAAGAAAAAUCCGGGCGUUACAGCAAGGAAGCCUUUAGGAGACUCUUUCACGAUCAGGUGCUUCUUGGGAAAUUAUUUAUAUUGUUCGAUCAGGACCGUGACGAGUUACUGAAGCAAGAUGAGUGGAUCGAGUUUCUCAAGAGGCGCUUGACAAACGAGAAGCAAAAGGAUUUUGUUGAUCAAAUCGAGAGUGUGGCGUACGUGCUAUGCGGGGAAAAUCCAAUAAAUCUCGUCAAUUUUCAGCAGAUCUUUCACACCAAAGGAAUUGCUGACAAACUGUUCCGGUUGAUCGAUCAAGAAAACUCAGGAUACGUUACGUCCACCCAAAUCAUGGAGUUCAUAUCUGGCAUUAGUAAAACCAGACCGCCUGCCGGCUUCGAUAAAGGAAAUCUCGAGUGGUUAGAGAAGAUAUUUAAGCAGACUGUUGGAAACGAGAGAGAGAUUCGGCGCGAGGAAUUUAAAAAGAUCGUCACUUCGAAGAACCCGUUCUUCACAGAGAGAGUCUUCCAAAUAUUCGACAAGGACAAUUCCGGUGCAAUAUCGCUGCAAGAAUUUUUGGAUGCCAUGCAUCAAUUCGCCGGGAAGUCUCCGGACGAUAAGAUUAAGUUUCUCUUCAAAGUUUACGACAUCGACGGCGACGGAUUAAUACAACUUCGCGAGUUGGAACAUGUGAUGAGAGCCUGCAUGGAGGAAAAUGGAAUGAAGUUCAGCGAUGAGCAAAUCGAGGAUCUAACGAUCGCGCUCUUCGAGGAUGCCGAUCAAGGUAACAGAGGAGCGAUUACUUUCGAGGCUCUGAAGAGGCAACUGGAGAAGCACGACGGUCUGCUGGAAAAUCUCUCAAUCAGCAUAGAUCGAUGGCUGGUACCACCGCAACCGAAACCGAAACGGAAAUCUGCUUUGGGCGUGUUUUCGUCUCUUCGUCCGUAUCAGCUCACGAAGCCGUACAUGAAGAACAAUUACGUCUACAUCGCCUUCAUCUCUAUAUUCAUCCUCAUCAACGUGGCGCUUUUCGUUUCUCGUCUCUACGAAUACCGACAUAACAGUGGCUACGUGAUGUUCGCGCGUGCAUGCGGACAGUGUCUGAACUUCGACUGCACAUUCAUUUUGAUUCUGAUGCUGCGCCAGUGCAUCACAUUCUUGCGGACGCACGGCUUUAACUCUGUGGUUCCUUUGGAUCAUCAUAUAUACCUCCACAAGAUGACGGGACUCCUGAUCGGGGUUUUCAGCAUCAUGCACGUUCUGAUGCAUCUUAUCUAUUGCGCCACGGUAAUAAUAAAAGACGAAAAGAUGAAUAGUGGAAACUAUACGAUGACCGAGUGGUUGCUGACAAGUCGACCUGGACACUUCGGUUUAGUGGCAGGCAGUGCGUAUCCGACUGGAGUGGCUCUGCUCAUUAUACUCUUCAUCAUGACCCUCUGUUCCAUGUCUUUUGUUCGGCGCGGAGGAUGUUUCGAGGUAUUUUAUUGGUCUCAUCUACUGUACAUACCAUUCUGGAUUCUGAUGAUCUUCCAUGGCCCAAAUUUUUGGAAAUGGUUUAUCGGACCGGGUAUCAUAUACUCAGUGGAAAGGAUCCGUCGGCUGAUAUGGCUACGUUCUCAGCGCGGGAAGACAUAUAUAAGUUCCGGCCUCCUCUUACCUUCAAAAGUGACACAUCUGGUAAUCAAGAGACCGCCGCAUUUUCACUUUCAUCCUGGUGAUUACGUCUUCGUCAACAUACCAGUAAUAGCGAGAUACGAAUGGCAUCCGUUCACCAUCAGCAGCGCUCCAGAACAAGAAGAUUACAUGUGGCUGCACAUUCGCGCAGUCGGCGAGUGGACCAACAGUUUGUACUCGUACUUUGAAAAGGAACAAAUCAAACUUCACCACGGCGAUAUCUUACCCAUUGAGAACAGCGCGACUGCACCUCGUAAGAAAUCGUUCCUCAACGGCAAGAAACCGCCUCUUAUCGUGAAACAAAAGCCCUCGACGGAAUCCGUACAGCAUCCGUAUGGUCUCGACAAUCCCAUGUUCGUAUCUGAUUUGGCGAAGACAAUGUCACCUACGAGUACACCUAUUAAUAAUCAAUCUGCAUACUUAAAAACUCCGGAAAAUACGCCAGGAUCGAAUCAGGAUUCUAGAAGCAUGAUUCCGGGAAGAGAGAGGAGACUUCAUCAACUGCUUCUUGGCAGCAAGCUACCACUCGAAAAGUCACACUCAAUGCCUGACAUGCAAACGAAGAAAAAAAAGAAAGAACGACUUAGAGUACUUCGUGAUUACAUGAGGUCAGAAUCAGAGAGGAGCUUCGACGAGAGUCAGAUGAAACGCGCGCGAUUGAAGUCAUUGGGUUUGGCAUAUCUGAGUCCGCAAAAUAAAUCACUGGCCCAGAGCUUCCGAUACAUGCGGACGAAGCCGACCAUCAUCGCUUUUAAGACACCCAGCUUCGAAACAUGCAGUUACGACAUCGAUGCACCAUCAAACUCCGCGUCCAAUGCAAACGCGGGGGCAAAUGAGAUGACACCAAUCGCACCAGUGGAUGUACAAAUCGUUAUGGAAGAAGGAAGAUUAAGAAAAAAUUUUAGUAAAAUUAGCACAAACAGUUCAGGAAGCUUAGACUUGUCGUUUGAAGGUUCCUCUCAUCCGCCCAUAAAUUACCCCGUAGGAAAGCCAUUGGAGAUCUUCCUGGACGGUCCUUACGGAGCGCCAUCGAGUCACAUCUUUCGAGCGCAACACGCCGUCCUAAUCGGCACAGGAAUUGGAGUUACGCCUUUCGCCUCUAUAUUACAAUCGAUCAUGCAUCGAUACUGGAAAGCGAGGCACACCUGUCCGAAAUGUUCGUUUUCCUGGGCCAGCGAAAUCCCGCACACCGUGAUGAAUCUACGAAAGGUGGACUUCUUCUGGAUCAAUCGUGAUCAACGUUCGUUUGAGUGGUUUGUGAACUUACUGUCUCAACUCGAGAUGGAACAGGCCGAGUUAGGUAUCACCAUGGAACGCUUUUUAGAGAUGCAUAUGUACAUCACGAGCGCGUUGCAGAAGAAUGAUAUGAAAGCAGUCGGCUUGCAAUUAGCGAUGGAUCUCCUGCACGAAAAGGAGAAGCGUGAUCUCAUCACAGGUUUGAAGACCAGGACAAAUGCGGGCCGUCCUAAUUGGGAUAAGGUGUUCAAGCAACUCCAGGAUAGGAAAAAAGGGAAGAUCACAGUCUUUUAUUGCGGCCCGCCGCAACUCGCCAGAAUCCUUCGAUACAAAUGUGAUCAGUUCGGAUUUUGUUUCAAAAAGGAAUCCUUUUAAUAGCUCGGAGAGAUACGGAUUACUCGUAUUAUCUCGACGCGAAAUAUUUAUGAAAAAUGUUAACAACAGUAAUUUGUCAUCUCUCAUGAAAAUUUACAUUUUCUCUAUUUGUCUAUCAAUUAUAAUUGUAUAAUAAUAAUAAUUGUAUAAUAAUAAUAAUUGUAUUUUAAUAAAUUAUUUUUUUCUCAAUUUUAA